AUGCCGGCUGGGUUUCAGCAACUCGGAGGGGAGACGGUGACUGGAACCCUUGCUCUCUCAGUGUUCACCGCUGUAUUGGGUUCCUUUCAGUUUGGGUACAACAUAGGUGUCAUCAACGCUCCUCAGAAGAUCAUUGAAGCGGACUACAACGCUACAUGGGUGCAUCGGUAUGGAGAGCCUAUCCCCAGCAGUACCCUCACAACCCUCUGGUCCCUGUCCGUAGCCAUCUUCUCUAUAGGCGGCAUGAUCUCCUCCUUCUGUGUGGGCGUCAUCUCAGAGUGGCUGGGGAGGAGGAAAGCCAUGCUCAUUAACAACUUGUUUGCCUUCAUCGGAGGAGGUUUGAUGGGCAUGGCCAAGAUCAGCCGGUCUUUCGAGAUGAUGAUUCUGGGACGAUUCGUCAUCGGUGCAUACUGUGGAUUGGCAUCGGGGCUGGUGCCCAUGUAUGUAGGUGAGAUAGCCCCUACCAGUCUGCGAGGGGCAUUGGGCACGCUCCACCAGCUGGCUAUCGUUACAGGGAUUCUCAUAGCACAGGUCCUGGGUCUGGAGUCUUUGCUGGGCAGUGAGGAGUUGUGGCCAGUGCUGGUGGGUGUGACCGUUCUGCCCACUGUCCUACAGAUGGUGCUGCUGCCCUUUUGCCCCGAAAGCCCCCGCUUCCUCUACAUCAUCCGUUCCCAGGAGCACCACGCCAAGAGCGGCUUGAGGAGGCUGACGGGGAGACAGGAAGUGGGGGAUAUGCUGGCGGAGAUGAAGGAGGAGAAGAGGAGGAUGGACAUGGAGAGGAAGGUGUCCAUCGCAGAGCUCUUCCGCUCCCCCAUGUACCGGCAGCCCAUCAUCAUCGCCAUCCUACUGCAGCUCUCACAACAGCUGUCCGGGGUCAACGCUAUCUUCUACUACUCCACCAGUAUCUUCCAGAAGGCAGGGGUCCAGAGCCCUGUCUACGCCACUAUAGGAGCCGGUGUGGUCAACUGUGCUUUCACCGUGGUCUCGCUCUUCCUGGUUGAGAGGACGGGUCGCCGGACACUACACAUGCUGGGCCUGUCUGGAAUGUGCGGCUGCGCCAUUGUCAUGACAAUGGCUCUCGCCCUAUUGGACAGUGUUCCCUGGAUGAGCUACAUCAGCAUGCUGGCCAUCUUUGGCUUCGUGGCCUUCUUCGAGGUGGGCCCCGGCCCUAUCCCCUGGUUCUUUGUGGCUGAGCUCUUCUCCCAAGGCCCCAGGCCCGCUGCUAUGGCCGUGGCCGGAUUCGCCAAUUGGACAGCCAACUUCAUUAUCGGCUUUGGCUUCCAAUAUGUUGCUGAGCUUUGUGGGCCAUAUGUCUUCCUCAUCUUCGCCGCGCUCCUGCUAUUCUUCCUCAUCUUCACCUUCUUCCGGGUGCCGGAAACGCGGGGGAAGACGUUCGACCAGAUCUCCAACACCUUCAGCAAACACUUGCCCGCCAUGAUAGAUAUGGACCUGGACAUGGAGCUGGGCAAACGCAGCACAGAGCUGGAUUACCUAGGGGAGGAGGGGAGCCUCAACUGA